GUAAGAAAGUACCAAUGGAGCGAUUAAGGGAUCUAGGCGACGCCCUGAACCAUCUGACAACCAGUCAGAAGGUGGCUUUGGGCGUGGCCGUUCCUGCUGCCAUGGUAACGGGAUAUCUACUGGUGAAGAGAAACCAGGGACAGAGACUGGAAGAUGAGUUUGAACAGGAAGAAGCUGCCAAGUCCAUGGCCACCUCACGGCAGACAACGAUCGAGGUGAAAGUUCCCCGCCGUGUUGUAGGAGCGGUGAUCGGCAGACAGGGAGCUAACAUUAAACAGGUCCAGGAAAUUUCUGGAGCUAGAGUGAACUUCCGUGACGAGGCGGGACUUGAAGAAAAUGAGGACAGGGUUGUGAUUAUCCGCGGUGCACCGGAGAAAGCUCAGGAGGCCGAGAGACUGAUCCACAAAAUCAUCGCAGAUCAGCCUGUCAUCCUGACAGAGGAGAUCCACUUGCCACAGAGGGCACUGGGGAGGAUCAUAGGAAAGAAUGGUGACACCAUCAGACAGCUGUGUCGAACGUCUCACGCCAAGAUCAAGAUCGACCGCGGAGGAGAUGAGAGGAGUCCAGACUGCGUUAAACUGGCCACCAUUACUGGUACUAAGGAACAGAUAGAACAUGCUCGGGGCCUUCUUGAAGAGAAGAUAGCGGAGGAGGAGGCCUUCAGACAGAGGCUGAUAAUGAUUGAUAUGUGUUGUCUUGUCUGUGUUGGUUCCAGGGUCUUCUUGAAGAGAAGAUGGCAGAGGAGGAGGCCUUCAGACAGAGGCGGCCUUCUUGAAGAGAAGAUAGCGGAGGAGGAGGCCUUCAGACAGAGACUGUCGAUCUCCACGAGUAACCGGCAGCACCGGCGUGGGGCCGAGCGACCGGGCACGCGGGAACGGCAGGCGGGCACCAGGCAACCUAGGACUCACCAACAGGAAGCCCAAGAAGCCAAAAAACUGAGCCCCACCUCCCCUCCUAACUCCCCCCUCCCUCAACACAACGACUUCUUCGAAGUGUUCGUGUCCGCUGUGGAGACUCCCGGCCACUUCUGGGUGCAGAUGGUGAAUGCCAAGGCUGCACAACUGGACCGUCUGGUACAAGACAUGUCUGACUACUACUCAGAAGAACACGUCAAGGAGUUAGAGCCCAUUCACACCUUGAUGGUUGGUGACAUUGUAGCGGCUCCGUUCCAACAUGACGAUGCGUGGUACCGUGCACGUGUAAUGGGUUUCUGGAAGGCAGGAACACUGGACCUGUACUAUGUGGACUACGGGGACAGUGGGGUGGUGAAGAGGGAAAACUUACGUGCACUGAGACAUGACUUCCUGAGUCUCCCCUUCCAGGCAGUGGAAUGUUCCUUGGCUGGGGUCGCUCCAAGAGGAGAAGACUGGAGUGAACAGGCUACUGACCUGUUUGAGGAGCUGACUUACUGUGCCAAGUGGAAAAUCCUCAUGGCCAAAACUGUCACCUACAUCCAGCGUGACCUGCAGCUCAUGCCCUGUCUCCUAUUGGUCAACACACACGGGCCAAAGGAUGUGUACAUUGCGAGAGAGCUGGUCAAGCAAGGUUAUGCCGUCCGUGUCAAAGACUCUGACACAGAAGGGUCAACGUCCUCCACUCCCUCAGAGCCUGAUCCGAACUGCGUAUAUCUGGCAGAGUCCCCCGUACUCGGAAAGCCGGGCGCAGAACAUUCCGAUAUCUCAGCGCAGAACGCAACGCGACAAGAAGAGCCUCCGAAAAGCACCUUGACUCUCUCACUGAACCAGAAGAAAACACCAACAACUGGAGGUGAACAGUCGGACUUACACGUCAGCAUCAAACUUAAAGAAGAAAAACCACUUUCACCUCCAGGGGGAAGAAACGUGUCCAAGAUAUCAAUAGCAACGACGCAAGGUAACGCUAAGAACCAGGCUCAAGACGCUGUCCAUAACACUGGCAAGCUUCUUGAAGAAAAGCUUGAGACGUUGGAAAGACACAGGGAGAAGUUUAUCAGUGAAGGAGGGAAGGAGAAGGAUUCUCAAGACAACAAGAGCGAAGAUUCUUCUCAAGGGUAUGUUGACCUUUUGACCCCUAUCUCUGAAAAGAGCAAUGAGAGUCUAAAAGAAGAGGAAAGCAAGGAGCAGAUUCAGGAGCCUGCAGAUUCGCAUCAGGACAGUGCCUUGCUGACGACAGGGGCAUCAGGAAGUGAGCGGAACAUUCGGGUGUCGGUGGAUUCAGAUUCCAGCAUGAGUGCUGCAGACAUGAAGGCGCUGCGUAGUGAGUUAGCGUCCCAGCUGGUGGAAGCUUCAGUAGUGAGGAACGGAGUUCUGCACCCGUCUGUGGAGUCUGAGCCAUUAGACGAUGUCGGGAACAACAGUAGUGAGAAAGAUGCUGAUGCUGUCACACCAGACUUUAUCAGCAGCACCUUCACCUCUGAGACGAGCGUCUUCACCACGGCCAGCGGGGUCAGUGACCUCAGCAGUCCCUCCAGUGAUCUUGACGACACAAAACAUGGCGCUGCCGCCCCGGAACUAAACUACCUGCUGCCACAACUGGAUGUAGUCGGGAAGGACUCUUGUGCCAGCAGUCCUUAUAUCAGUGAUGAGGACAUGUACACCGAGGGGUCAAGUGAGGAGGAAGUCAGUACCAAGUCCAGGUCAGGGGUCAGGCCAAAGGUCGGGUCAGCUGAGGUCAGCAGACACUUGGGUUCAGCUAAGGAAGAUACAGUCACCAUUCCAACAGUUGAAGUGACUGCCCCGGCAACCUUUGACCUCACAUCCUCCAGUGACGGGGAUGUCUACCUUGAUGCGGAGGGGCAGGACUAUUCCACUUUUGCAGACGGGGAGGUGGAAGGGGCGGAGGGACCCCUCCAGUUGGUGGAUCCCGACACCCUGGCAGAAAAAGUUGUUCCUGGGAAGUAUGACGAGGAUCGUACCAAGGAAACUACGGGGGAGUAAAGUAAAAAAAAAAUAUCUAGAGUUUGCUAGAUGGAUGUUUUGCUCAAGUUUGUUGCUCAAGUUUUUUUUAUAACUUUUAGAUAGACUGAUAGUCUACUGUCUUUUUGAAUAGUGUAGGUAAAGUUGAAAGUUUAGCAACAUUUCUUAUAGUACUCAUUUGUUGAUCUCUUGGGAAAAACAAGCCACAAGAAUGCAAUAUCAAGGAUGCCAUCAACUUGAACUAAGAUUUUCGCAAAAGCUUUUAAGAAUCCUAAGAUCCUAAGGAUCUAUGGAAGAAGUAGUUAAUGUCACAGUGACCACAGUAACAAAGGAACAACCUUGCCAUCAUUUUGCCUGGCUUGUACUACUCCAUAUUGCAAUAAGAAUGUGUCAUCCAUUGGAUUAUGAUCGUUUUGCUAAAUCUAGAAAAACAACCAGCUUUAUUAACAAAA